GUUUGACAAACUUACCUCCCAUCCUGCUGUUAUCUAAUGCGGUGUAAAAAAACAAAUUCUUUUUCUGAGAAAUGUCAAUAGGCGAGAGGUCUAAUUGUUUAUCAAAAGAUUUGGUUAUAAAUUGCAUGCUUUGUAGAUGAAUUUACCAAUAUAUUGCUCCGGAUAGUCAAUACAGAGAAGCAAGGCGAUUCGCGGUUUAAGAAACAUCAUUACACCUAUUAUAAUCUUCAUUCUGUCCCACAAUGAUACGAAACAUGGUGCCCCAAGCCCGUUUGUUCUAUUCGACGAUUACGGCCAGUGCUACCGCCACACUUACUACUAAAAUAAAACCGAAGCUGGACGAAUUUCGCACAACCGAGCAGACCGUGGCCAACCAUCAACGCACAACGAUUGGCCGGUUUUAUACCAUACCGAUAGAUGUACGAAAAAAGGUGUUUGGCCAUGGUGGACUGCCAAAAAGCUUCGAAAAGCAGAUUAAAACAUUCAACGAAUGCUCGUUGAUGGUUCGUCUUCCAGCAGUCGAGAUCAUAGAGUACAUAAAGCGCACUGACUUCAACCGUCCGGUUAAUCGAUUCGUGCUAUACGGCGAGGAUGGUGCCGGCAAAUCGCUUACGUUAGCUCACCUUUUACACUACGGAUUCCAGCAGCAAUACGUACUGAUACACGUUCCUUGGGUGCCGAACUGGAUGAAGCGUGCUAAAGAAACGGCCAACUCAACCACAAAAGAGGGUGCCAUUGAUUUACCGCUGGACGGUGCUGCUUGGUUAUUGCAUUUUAAAAGCCAGAAUGGAUCGUUACUUAAAGAUCUCGGCCUGACGGUGAGCCGCGAUUACGUGUGGACAAAGCGCGAAAUAACACCGGCAGGUGCACCACUGCUGGACCUCGUCGAGCAUGGUAUUAAUCGAGCAAAGUUCUCCUGCGAUGCGAUUGCUGCACUGCUGCAUGAAUUAAAGCAACACUCGAAUGCCGGUCGUGCCCGUACGAUGGUGUUGAUCGAUGGUUUCAAUGCAUUCUUUCAACCGUACACGCGUCUUUUAACCGAGAACAAAGCGCGUGUUAAGCCGGAACAGCUCACGCUGACGGAUCCAUUCCUCAGCAUCACUCGCAACGACUGGAACAAUGGCAUAUGCGUGGUAACGAUUGACCAAAUGGUGGCAGAGUUUAAAGAUAAGUCGAAAAGUCAGCCUAACGCAUCGGAUGUGGAGAACAUAUCUUCCCAACCUCCGCUAUCGGUGAUUGAUUCGCGCGAGUGCUUUGAGCAUCUUGAUCCGUUUGUGCCCGUACGCGUUGUCGGGUAUGAUGAUGCUGAAUAUUACAGCUGCAUCCAGUACUAUCUGGAGCGUAAAUGGAUUCAAACGACUGAGCUGGGAUUUGAUGAUGAACUUAAAAUGUUGAGUUGUCAGAAUCCGUACCAGCUGAUGCAGCUUUGUGCCUCGUUGUAGGAUAGAAAAGGGUAAGUUCAGAAUUAAGGAUUAUUAAUGUUGCUUCAAUAAAAAAAAAUUAUCAAAGAAUAAA